AUGCGUCGUAACGACAUCGAGGAGCAGCCAAUCAGAUUGCAAUUGAACGAUGUAAACGACGAGCUCCCUGAAUUCCUGAACGCUCCCAAACCAUUCCUCACCACGGUGCACAUGAACACUCCAGCAGGGACGAGUGUCUACCAGCUGGUCGGUGAAGAUAAAGAUAGGGGCAGCAAGAUCCAGUAUAUGCUCGAUUCAGGAGAUUCCGACCGUUUCGACGUUGACAAAGACACGGGAAUGGUCCGAACGAAAGGCUCCCAUUCCUUCCCACAGGGAAGAGAAUUUGAAAUCGGAGUUUCUUGCAUGGAUAUCAGUUCACCGGUCCUGCAAAGGUCCGCCACGCAUUCCUUGAAAAUUUUAGUUGGAGAGAGAGAGCCUCAGUUCUACGAGACUCAAUAUGUCGCCAGUUUUCCUGAAACUGCCCAGCAAAUGCAUCAGAUAGUUCAGAUAAAAGCCAUAUCCCACCAAGGCUAUCCGAUCACCUACGAACUGACUACAGAAUCAGGUGGGCAGUCUAAUGAAUUCGCCAUCGACCAAGUAACAGGAGUGGUAGACCUGUUGAAACCCCUGGACUACGAGAAGGACCCACAACAGUAUCACUUGAGGGUCAAGGCUGUCGAAAAUGGUCGACCCUCAAAAACCAGUGUUGUCAACUUCUCCAAGUGGUCUCGACAUUUUGCAAGCCAUGAUAUUGUUAUCGAAAAAGAUCUUGUCGCCGUCAACACACAUAAGCUAUGUGCCUUUUGUUAG